UGUGUGUUGGUGUUGUCAUGUCUUCUAUAACUCGGGUUCCUACUGCCCUCAUUCACUGCAGCCCUUUUCCUCCGGUGUUACAGAGCGAACGAGAACAUAGUCUGACUUGCCAGAGAUCGUCGACUUAACAGCAGCUUUGUGCUGAAGAAGGUUGGUUAAAGUGGACGGUGUCAAUGAGUCUGAUUGUCCCUGUCUGCUGUGUGUACAUGUCCCAUCAUGGGUGAAAUCUGCACCAUGACCACAUCACACUGGACCCUGGCACUUAUAGUUCUAUGUCUCAUCCAGGGAUGUUUGUCUACGAAUGAAUGGGGUGUUUCAGUUUCAGAAUCUCUUCCUGCAUUGGAAGGGUCAUCUGUGAUCUUUAACUGUUCUUUCUGGUACCCUGGUAGACUGCAGCCUGCACGCAACAUAAUUGCCAUUUGGUUAAAAGACCCAUGCCGCGAAGGUUCUGAAGAACUAUACAACAGUAACAAUCCGAAUCGGGACCCUGAUGUAGAAUGGAUUGGAAAUCUGGAUCAGAAAAACUGUUCUCUUCGAAUUAAAGAUGUUCAGAAAAAGCGCAAUCACAUUUUCUGCUUCAGAUUUAUAAUAGCAAAUAAAAACAAGUGGACAGGAAAGCCAGGCUUACGGCUCAUUGUUUACGCCCGUCCAAGAACACCCGUCAUCUCACCCUUAGAGUUGGUUGAAGGGGUCACGACCAAUUUGAAGUGUUCCUCCUCUAAUAUUGAUGAAAAGACAAAAACCAGUCUAAAGUGGUAUGGUCUACCUGACCAGUCAGCAGAACAAUGCAGCAAAGAUCCAACAGUACUCAGCAGCUGUCUCCGUUUCACCCCAUCGUAUCAGGAUCACAACAAGAUCAUCAAUUGCUCAGUCACCUACAGUGCGUUCGCAUAUUCUGACGAAGCCAGCAUCACUCUCAAUGUAUCAUAUGCACCCAAAAAUGUAACAAUCCGAGGAGAUAAAGGAUCAGAAUUAACAAUCAGAGAAGGUAAUCAGCUCUCCUUGAUGUGCACCAGUGACAGUAAUCCUGAAGCUAUGUACAGCUGGCAUAAGAGGGAGGAAGAAAGUGGUGAGAUAAGACUUAUUAAUGGCUCAAAAGGAACUCUAUCCUUCCAGAGUAUUACAAGCAGCCACUCUGGGUUCUACAGUUGUACAGCAGCAAAUCAUGUUGGAAGUAACACGUCAAAAACUUUGGAAAUUCAAGUCCAAUAUGCACCCAAAAAUGUAACAAUCCGAGUAGAUAAAGGAUCAGAAUUAACAAUCAGAGAAGGUAAUAAGCUCUCCUUGAUGUGCACCAGUGACAGUAAUCCUGAAGCUAUGUACAGCUGGCAUAAGAGGGAGGAAGAAAGUGGUGAGACAAGACUUAUUAAUGGCUCAAAAGGAACUCUAUCCUUCCAGAGUAUUACAAGCAGCCACUCUGGGUUCUACAGUUGUACAGCAGCAAAUCAUGUUGGAAGUAGCACGUCAAAAACUUUGGAAAUUCAAGUCCAAUAUGCACCUAAAAACGUAACCAUUCAAGUAGUUGAUGGAUCACAUUUGGAGGUUAAAGAGGGUGACAAGAUCUCCUUGGUGUGCACCAGUAAUAGCAAUCCUGAAGCUACCUACACCUUGUACAAGAGGGAGGAAAGCAAUGAUCAAACAAGCGCUCUUAGUAAUGUGAAAGGAACUCUGACCUUCCAACAUAUUUCUAGAAGUGAUUCUGGUUUCUACAGCUGUACAGCAACAAAUUACUUUGGGAAUGUGACUUCGAAUGAUUUGGAAAUCUACGUCCAAUAUGCACCUAAAAACGUAACCAUUCAAGUAGUUGAUGGAUCACAUUUGGAGGUUAAAGAGGGUGACAAGAUCUCCUUGGUGUGCACCAGUAAUAGCAAUCCUGAAGCUACCUACACCUUGUACAAGAGGGAGGAAAGCAAUGAUCAAACAAGCGCUCUUAGUAAUGUGAAAGGAACUCUGACCUUCCAACAUAUUUCUAGAAGUGAUUCUGGUUUCUACAGCUGUACAGCAACAAAUUACUUUGGGAAUGUGACUUCGAAUGAUUUGGAAAUCUACGUCCAAUCACCACCAGCCACCCUGAAAAUCCUGAUUGUAAGAUCGCUCGUUGGUAUAGGACUUCUCCUGGCCACUGUGCUAUGGAUACGAAGGAAAGACUUGUUCAAAGGAAGAAAAACAGAAAUUAAUUCACAACAUGAAAUGCUGGACAUGCAACAGGAAAGGCAAGUUGCUCAAUCCAUCGAUAGUGCAGUGGAUGAUUAUGUGGACAAAAACAAACAAUCCAGUGCGGAAACAAGCUUCAUCCAAGAAGAUCAAGAAGCUACCUGAUGAAGGAGCGGCGCUAUGAAAGCUAGUCCUUCCACUCUCUGGGUGGUCCGAAACCUGUUGAUCUUCCAGCUGAAGGAAUUGACCCCGACUGAGUGUUGCAGACUGACACAUUCCAAGGUCCAAGACUACGUGUUGAGGGACGCGCUGAAGUUUGGGGCAGCUGCCGCCAAGGCGCAGUGGGGAAAGACCACAGUGUAACAUCUGUCUGUCUGAGAUGAACAGGGGGCCCCUGUAGUCAUUUGGGCUCUGCUGACGUCUCAGCUAAAUAUAUGGACAUAUGAUUGACAAAUGUACAGACCUGUAUAUAUGAAUGAUAAAUUCUGAUCUCUGUAUGCAAAUGUUUGCAUAUGUAUAGCAUGACCAUCUGUACAGAUCAUCAAAAUAUUUUAUGAAUAAAGU